AUGCAGGUAGGAACAGUAAUAAAAUCCGUCAAUUAUGCAUUGGGAAACUUAAAUCAAUGGAUGUCAAGCAAGAAAGCAAAAUUACCGAUAGUUGCAUUCCCCUCAACGGCAGAAUUGGUUCCUGAGCCUCUUGGUCUUGUCCUCAUUAUCUCAUCAUGGAAUUUUCCACUUGGGUUGUCAUUGGAACCAUUGAUCGGCGCAAUAUCUGCAGGAAACGUAGCGGUUCUAAAGCCUUCCGAGCUAGCUCCUGCAUGUUCUUCGGUUCUAGCUGGUAACAUCCAUACUUACCUUGACAACAAAGCUGUGAAGGUCAUCCAAGGUGGUGCCUCUGUUUCUGAACAACUGCUCCAACACAAAUGGGACAAGAUUUUCUUCACAGGUAGUGCACAAGUGGGACGCAUUGUCAUGUCUGCAGCUGCAAAGCAUCUUACGCCUGUCACAUUGGAGUUGGGUGGAAAAUGCCCAGCCGUUGUUGAUUCCCUCGCUAGUUCUUGGGAUAGAGAGGCUGCAAUAAAAAGAAUUCUUGGUGGAAAAUUUGGGGCCUGUGCUGGCCAAGCAUGCAUAGCAAUUGACUAUAUCCUCGCAGAAAAGACGUACACUUCCACUUUGGUGGAACAACUCAAGGUUGCAACUAAGAAAAUGUUUGGAGAAAAUCCAAAAGAAUCAUAUAGUGUUGCAAGAAUCGUCAAUAAAAGGCACUUCUUGAGACUGAAAAAUUAUUUAGAUGAACCUAUGGUCAGAGCUUCUAUUGUCUAUGGUGGUUCAUUCGAUGAAGACAAUCUGUUCAUUGAGCCCACUAUCUUGGUGGAUCCUCCUCCCACGUCUGCAAUUAUGACAGAAGAAAUAUUUGGGCCAUUGCUUCCAGUAAUUACAUUGUCGAAAAUUGAAGAUAGUAUUCAAUUUAUCAAGUCAAGGCCUAAGGCUCUCACUAUUUAUGCCUUCACCAACAAUGAAACAUUCAAGAAAAGGGUGAUAUCUGAGACAUCUUCAGGAAGUGUGACAUUUAAUGACGCUGUAAUCCAGUAUGCAGCAGAUACUAUCCCAUUUGGAGGAACUGGUGAAAGUGGAUUUGGCAAGUACCAUGGAAAAUUCUCUUUUGAUAACUUCACCCAUGAAAAGGCAGUUCUAAGUAGAAGCUUCCUAACAGACUUUUGGUUCAGAUACCCUCCAUGGAAUGACCACAAGUUGCAGCUCUUUAAGUCAAUUUACAGAUUUGAUUAUCUUGGCAUUCUUCUCACCAUGUUGGGCUUCAACAAAUCUUAA